UUCACAGUUGUCCCCCCGGUGUUCACUUCACUCGGCUCGCUGCGAUUGCCCUCCCGUUUGUUUCACUUUGCUACUGCUGGGCUUGCAUUUCUGGGUAUUGGGAGAAAAUGGCGCUGCGUGGACUGAAAGUGAUUGAGAUGGCUGGUCUCGCGCCGGCUCCGUUCGCUGGCCUUGUGCUCGCUGACUUUGGCGCGAACGUCAUCCGCGUCGACAAGCUCGCUGACUUUUCAGUCGAUCGACUCUCGCGCGGCAAGCAAUCCGUUUCCAUUGAUCUCAAAUCCCCUCGCGGAGCUCAGGCGGUGCGCGACUUGUGCAAGAACGCCGACGUGUUGAUCGAGCCCUUCCGCCCUGGCGUGAUGGAGCGGCUUGGUCUUGGACCGGACGACUUGCUAAAGACAAAUCCUCGCCUGAUCUACGCCCGCUUGACUGGCUAUGGUCAGACAGGCAAGCUCGCUCAGCGUGCCGGCCAUGACAUUAACUAUGUGGCUGUUUCCGGCGUCCUGUCGGCACUGGGCCGACGCCACGAAAACCCAGCCUUCCCGGGCAAUCUCGUGGGAGACUUUGCGGGUGGCUCGCUGAUGUGUGUGAUUGGCAUUCUGACCGCGCUGCAGGAACGCGCAAGGUCUGGCAAAGGCCAAGUGAUUGAUGCAGCCAUGGUGGAUGGAGCGUCCUAUCUUGCUUCGUUCGUUUACGGCGUGCGCGAGACUGGCAUGUGGGACGGUCCUCGCGGCACGAAUUUGCUGGACGGUGGUGCUCCGUUCUACGAGACUUACAAAACCAAAGACGGCAAGUACAUGGCUGUCGGCUCGAUUGAGCCCCAGUUCUACCGCUUGCUGCUGCAAGGCCUCGGUCUUGAUGGCGACUCUACUCUGCCAGAGCAGCUCGACAAGGAAGGAUGGCCACAACUCAAGGAACGCUUCACGCAGAUCUUUGCGUCAAAGUCGCAGGCAGAGUGGUGUGCGAUCUUUGACCACACGGAUGCCUGCGUGACGCCCGUGAACGAGCUGGACGAUCCUCUGACCGACGCAAACAGCCAUGGUGCCUCGCGUGGCAUUCUCUACCGCUCAGAGGAAGGAGUCAUGCCCGUGCCAGCGCCCCGUCUUUCGCGAGAAGGCGCGCUCGACGUGCAAAAUCUGACGAUGCCUCGCGUCGGCCAACACACUGUCCAAGCGCUCACCGAGGCUGGCAUCAGCCCUGCGGACGUUGCCAAGCUUCUCAAAGACGGCAUCAUCAACGACGCCUCUGGAGCGGCCAAGUUGUAAAAAAAAAAAAAAAGCAUCAUCGAAUGUUCAAUUAGAACCUCAUCCACUCUCUUUCAGCCAAGGAAAAGAAAAGCG